AUGGAUAAUCCUUGGGGUUCAUCUGACCCCGCCGGCGCGAAUAACAACCAGUCCCAAGCUAGUCAGCCUGCCAUCAUCCCACCAGCCACGCUUCAAGCCCAAAUCGAACAAAUCGUCAAGGCCGCUGUCGAUGUCUCUCUCAAAUCAGCAGCAGGCGGGAAGAAAAGCAAGCCGACUUCAACCCCGAAAGCCACUCCAGUCUCGCGAAAGGUUGCUCCCGAGAGCUCCCACAAAUCAGCCUCCAAAGGAAAGGCGCCCGCCGCUAAGAAGGUCACGAUCACCCCAUCGAAAAGUCCCCCUCCUGUUGCAUCAACCUCCAGAAGAUUUGACCGCGCCAGAUCCGCUCCCCCCGAAAUCAACACUGCCGUUAUCGAGAAGCCGAAAAAGCCUCGCAAGUCAACCAAAGAAUCACCUGCGAAGGCCCCUGCACGAAAGCGGAAUCCUCGACAGAUGCAAACUGGUGACUUUCCAGCAUCCUAUGCUGGCACCAAGGCAAUUUUUAUUCAUAUAAAGGUACUCUGGGGGCUCUUGAAAUCAGACUCGGUCCCCGAAGCUCCUGAUUUGAGGGAUCUACAGGAAUUCUACGACAACUUCUCGAGGGAGGACCACGUCAAUCAAGCAGCUAGUUUCGGUUCAUCUGGUCGUGAACUGAUUGACAUCAAUCAAGUUCAAAUUCUCAAGGACGCUCGCGCUGGGCGUAUUCGAAUCGGAAACUCCUACCUUAAUGUGGGAGACAAUUUUAUUCGAUACGCCAAGGGACUCAUGGCUCGUUUGGGUUUCAGAAAAUGGCGGCCAAAUCUCGAGGAGGAUUGCGAUUCGUUAUACAACGCCGCUUGUCGAAUUGCUGCUGUCACAACAUUCCAGGAACUUGCCGGCGCGAAAGCUUAUGCUUAUCUCAACAUCAAUCCAGAAGCGGUUCAAAACAUGGGCUUUCUGAUACAAUGUUACAACCACUUUGUUCACUUUCUAAUGUUAGAUAAAUACAAAAAAGAAAAUAAAGAGAAGGGCAAACUCCAGAAAGAAGUUCACCACAAGAACGUCCAGAAGAAUCGCGAGCGACUGGCUGCCAGCAGAUUAGAAUUUGCGACACUCAACAAAUUCCCCCAGCGAUACAUCAAGAUCCUCACACCGAUUGCGGCUCAUAGCGACGAUGAGGUGCAGGAGGGAAAAGGCUUUUUCAAGAUCAAGACGUUACCUUAUCGAUCGAAAAACGCCAAUCGGUUUUUUCGUCGCCUGGACAUCCGCAUGUUGAAAGCAGCCGAGCAGGAUCCAAGCAAGCGUCGCCGUAUACGCAAAUUACCAAAGAACCCAGAGGCUUCAGCUUACACAGCUGCACCAAAGGGUCUUCCGAUCGACUUUUACGACCCUGAAUGGUAUCACAACCUGACACCGGCUCAGCAACAGCUCAUACCAGAUCUUACAAAUCUCAAAAGACUCACCCGAUUAUACUUCGAACAACUAGCUGAACCCUACGGACUUGUUGGAUCAACGACCAGCGAAGAGUCUGGUGAUGAAGAAGGCAAAGGCAAAGGCAAUGAUGAAGAAGGGGAAGGAAUUGACUUGGACGGUCCCAGCCCGGAUGCUUCUGAGGACGAGUUCUUUGAAGAGGGCGAUGCCGGUGAUUUGUACAACGACAAUUUUGUUGAAGAAGAUGGAGGCAACGAUGAAUCCGACGGCGAUGAGGAUUACGAGGAAGACAGCAACUACGAGGAUCCAGAGCACUCCGGGGAUCACGAGCCGAUGCAAGGUGUUGAGGAGGAUGAACCAGUCUGGUAA